AUGCCCAAGGUCGAUGCUAAUUCUUGGCUAUAUCUCGGAUUCCCGCGUUUAAUUAUUCGAUUCGAAGCCUUGAUAAUAAUGAAGGCGUAUAUUGUUGAAUUACUGUUGAUCUUUGCUGCUGGUCAUGCUGCCGCAAUUCCCAGGUACGGACAAAGACCCGUUCCUAACCCUAAUGCGCCUAGUCGAUUCACACUAUUGCACACUAAUGAUAUACACGCCCAUUUUGAUGAAUUCAAUAAUGGCGGUACAGACUGCACAGCAGCUAACAAAAAAAGCAACACCUGCUAUGGUGGUGUUGCUCGUCUCAAGACUCUGGUCGAUGCCUAUCGCAAAAACUCGUCCCAAGUGUUACUUCUUGAUGCUGGCGAUCAGUUCCAAGGCACACUGUUUUUCAACAUUUUUGGAUCGUCGCCUUCUACAGAGUUUAUGAACAAGCUCGAGUACGAUGCGAUGGCUAUUGGUAAUCACGAAUUCGAUAAAGGUGUCAAUUACCUUGCUAGCUUUAUCAAGACGCUUCGAUUUCCUGCUCUUUCAUCCAAUAUCGAGCUUAGGACAGCACCAGCGCUCAAAAAUGCUGGUGUAAAGCCCUACAUUGUUAUCAACAAGCUUUCUGUUGGAAUUAUUGGCUAUAUCACCAAUACUACUUCAGACAUUACCACCGGCAGCAAGAACAUAACCUUUUACGACCCAGUCGGUCCUGUUCAACGCCAUGUAAAUGAGCUGCGUGGAUAUGGUAUUAAACGUGUUAUUUGCGUUUCACACAAUGGUUAUCUGGCUGACAAGUAUCUUGCCGCCAACACUCGCGGUAUUGACCUAAUUGUUGGAGGCCAUUCUCAUUCGCUUCUUCUUAAAAACACCUCGUUCCCUGGCGUUGUGGGUCCUUAUCCGACCAAUGUUACCAACUUGGAUGGCAAGUCCACUUGGGUCGUUCAAGCCCAUCGUUAUGGAAACUAUCUCGGACAUCUUGAUUUGGAAUGGGACAAAUCCGGUCAUAUGCUUCCACCUGUGGGCGAUCCCAUUUUGAUGGAUCAGUCAGUUCCACAAGACCCCGUUUUUCAAAAGCGUGUUGAUGAACUCCGAGUAUCGUUUGCCAAUCUUACACAAAAGGUAGUUGGUACAGCUACUGCCGAUUUCUCCAUCACUGACUGCAUUACUGGUGAAUGUGCUAUUGGUGAUCUGAUAGCUGAUUGCAUGAAAGAUGCUGAUCCAUCUCCCGGGCCCAAGAUUGCCUUGAUGAACUCUGGUGGUAUACGUGCUUCGUUUCAAAAGGGAAACAUAUCCUAUGCUGAUGUUAUGACUGUUUUGCCAUUCGGAGACUCUAUUGUUAGUUUCCCGUACACUGGUACUCAGAUCAAAGCCGUUCUUGAAAAUGCAGUGUCUAUGCACAAUAUUGCUACGGACAAGCCAGUCAUAUCCGUUGCACAAUUUUCUGGCAUCAGGUUUUCGUUUGAUGCGCAACAGCCUCUUGGCAGCCGUGUUGUGAAUGCCACAGUCGAUGGACAACCGCUAGAUCUUAAUACUUCUUACAAAAUGAUUACAAACGAGUUUGUUGCAAAUGGUGGCGACAAUAUCAUGGUGGCCAACAAACUGGUUACUACUGGUAAUCCUUCUGUUGAUGUUUUAUCUUCGUGUAUUCAAAAGCAUGUCAGCAUCACCCCUACUGUAGACGGUAGAUUCCCCAAAGUCAGAAACGGAAAGCCUUGAUUGUUAUUAUCGAGGCGUUUUGAGUACCAAGAGUUGUAGCACCGAGUAUUGGUAAAAUGAUGUAUUUGAUCCUUUGAAUUGACUUGAUUGAGAUUCAAGCAGUUGAUUGGAUUGAUUACAAACUUUCUGGUCAAACCUAAAUGAAAUCAUUAUAUUGAAAU